GCCUCAUGGACAAAGAACUCUCCUCAAGUUUACAGUUCCAGACCAAGAUAUCUUUUACCAGGAAGAUUUGGAGAAUAGGACUGUACCUCUUGAUCAUGGGUCUGUGCUUCAAAGUGUUCCAUUACAUCACGACGGCUCACAUGUAUUUCAGGAAGGACAUCUGCAAGAAACCAUUGGCAUGGAAAGAACCAUUGGGAAGGUUGGAUCCCUCCUGGACUCCCUUCCUAACUAUUGAAGAAUUACAUCUGACCCGUCAUUCCCAGUCUAAGGAGCUCUUCCAAAACAACCUUCCUUUCGGAUUAAACAACACAGUGUUUCUUGCAGCUGAAGUUCUGCUGCUUUUGCCCCAGCAAGGGCUGCCGAAUUCCAUUAAGAGGUUGCCAUGCAGAAAGUGCAUUGUCGUUGGAAACAGCUUCUCCCUCCGAGGCCGAGGUCUGGGACAAAAGAUUGACACUUUCGAUAUCAUCAUAAGAUUGAACGAUGCUCCUGUGAAAGGCUUCCAGGAGGACGUGGGGGAGAAAACCACGAUCCGCCUCUUCUUUCCUGAAUCAGCCCUGCCCAAUCCUCUGGACAACAAUGAGGAAGAUACCCUGAUGGUCCUUGUGCCAUUCAAGGCUCAGGACUUCAUAUGGAUCAAAGAGAUACUGAGGAAGACCCCCUUGAAGACUAGCAAGGGGUUUUGGAAGCCUCCUCCACAAGUAUGGAAUGGGAAAGCCUCCCACUUGAGAGUCCUGAAUCCCUUUGUCACCUAUGAGACCACAUACAUCAUCCUUAAGCUGAGGAAAUCCAGCCAGAAAUGGUCCACGACUGGGUUCAUUGCCUUGAAUUUAGCUCUACACAUCUGCCAUGAGGUCAGCAUUGUGGGCUUCGGUUACCCUGAUAUCAACGACAAUACAACUCCGGUGCAUUAUUACAAAAAUGAUUACGUGAGCAGCAUUAGGUUGGUGCCUCACGACAUCCCAACGGAGCAAAUGUGGCUGCUGAAACUGGUUGAGAAAGGUCUCAUCUCUGACUUAUCCCGCACCGCCUCAUGGGUCUGGGGUAAUUGAGAUUCCAGGACCCUCUCCUCUGCCUUGUGGCAGGGUCGGGAGGAGAGCUGUCGUUGGCUCCCUGAGAAAUGCCACUGGUUUGGGUGGAAAGUCUUUUCACUUGUCUUCCUGAUUGCAACAUUGUUUCACUUUGUGACCUUGAGUUCAUCACCCCCCCGCCCCCGCCCGGCUCCUCUGAGCUUUAGUUUCCUCAAUUGUUUAAUAAGGAGUUGAUCCCUGGUACCACCCUACUCUACACUUCGGUUGUGAGGUGAAAGUAAAUGGCCUGAUGGGUGCUUUGUGCUCCCAAAAGUAAAGCCUUAGAUUAUUUUUUGGUUUAUAUGAUAAUAAAAAAUGUUAGCUGUGUUUGUCCUUGUUUCCCAAGACCUCUGACCACCACCAAAAUGGCUGAUCACAGGUUUCUGGGUAAGCAAAGGGAAAGUUCCCUUCUUCACAGAAUGUUCUCACUCCCUCUCUCCCUCCAUUUUCUGCUUGUUCUUGCAUUAACUAUUUAAUUGAGAUGUUUAGGUCUGUAAUAACACUGAGUGGCAAUAUUACACCAGAUUUCUCCAUGGAUUUGCUAGUGAGGCGAAGCUGGAAGAUGAGGCUGAUCCAAUUAACUGGGCUACAACGUCUGCAACUUGUCAGAGAUGGAGAUUUUCUAUGAUGUUCUAAAUCUUGAUGUGUUCUGUGCAGCAUUCAGGGGUGCUA